CACCAGCAUUCCUCAUUCAUUCACUUUCAGGCAACCUCAAACGUUUAUUAAGAGGUUCCCCAGCCUCCCACUCUCAUUCUCUUUUCUGUUCCAGGCAAGCUCCCUCCCAGCAGGCUCCGGCAGAAAUCCGGCAAAGUACUUUCUCCUUCUCUCCUGGAGAAAUGCAACACCUCCAAGUAAUUCUGUUUUACAUCCUCUGCUCUUCUUUGUGGGCAGAGGACAGCGAUGACUAUGAGCUCAUGUACUUGAAUUUGAAUAAUGAAAUAGAGAAUGGAAUGCAUCCCACUGACGAAAGCUCGGCGUGUGACUGUCGCCAGGAGCGCACUGCAUGGGACCGGCUCUUCAUUAUGCUGGAGAACUCCCAGAUGCGAGAGAACAGGCUGCUGCAGGCAACGGAGGGCAUGUUGGCCGCAGAGCUGCAGGGCCUGCGCUCGGACGUGGCCCGCACGUGCGCCUCGGCCCCAGAGCCCAUCCGGCUGGCCAAGAUGCUGGACGAACUGCUGCUGGCCAGCCGGGGCCUGACACACCGGCUGGCCAAGCUGGAGAGCGCCUGGCAGAGGGCGCCCGAAGCUACAGCGAGCUCCCUGCUGCUGCCUGUGCUGGAGGAGCUGCGGGCCCUGAGGAGGUGGACUGGACAGCGCUCGCUGCCUGCAGGUUGCGAAACAGCACUUUUAUUCCCCAUGCGUUCAAAGAAAAUCUUCGGCAGCGUUCACCCAAUGGCUGAAAUGAAGCUUCGGUCCUUCACUACCUGCAUCUGGGUCAGAGCAACUGAUGUGUUAAAUAAAACUGUGUUGUUUUCCUACGGCACAAAGAGGAAUCCCUAUGAAAUCCAGCUCUACCUCAAUUCUUGGUCCACCGUGCUUGUGGUUGGUGGAGACCAGAACAAGCUUGUUGCUAACUCCGUGGUUCCCCUGGGAACAUGGACCUAUCUGUGUGGCACAUGGAACUCAGAGGAAGGGGUCACAUCCCUGUGGGUCAAUGGAGAACUGGCAGCCACUGGAUCUGGGAUGGCCACUGGUCACAUCAUCCCAGAGGGUGGGAUUCUGCAAAUUGGCCAAGAAAAGAAUGGCUGCUGCGUGGGUGGGGGCUUUGAUGAAACAUUGGCUUUCUCUGGAAGGCUCACUGGCUUUAACCUCUGGGACAGAGUUCUCAGCAGUGAUGAGAUCAGACAAACAAGAGGAGAAGAUUCCUGUCAUAUCAGGGGCAAUGUUGUUGGGUGGGGAGUUACAGAGAUUCAGCCACAUGGAGGAGCUCAGUAUAUCUAAGUUUCAAAACAUCCCCAUCAGAAGCCAAAGAAGGAUACUCUCACAUUCAACCUCAGUGCAUGAUGGAAGCCUGAGACCAAUAGAGGGGAAAACUGAGGCUGGGGGGUUGUGGAGUUUGCCCUUGAUUAAGCCAC